CUCAUUUCUGCCUCUCUGCUGCUCACACACUCAUCGUAGCGCGCUCUCCUGCCUCCUCGCUCACUCUCUCUCUCCCCGCUUCACCCCUAUCAGACCCCCCCAUCACACACACACACACACACGUGUACCUGAGCUGGCGGUGGGCUGUGCUGCUGGAGGGGCUUUUCGCCGCAACUUUUCUGAAGGUGCUUGCUCGUGGUUUCGGGGGGAGAGGCGAGUGUCCGGCGUCUCCUCUUUCCUUCUUCUCUUCCUCCUGGAAUGCUACAACUGGGCUGAUGGACAUUUCCGAACUUUGCAUCCCUGAUCCUCUCAGCUAUCAUAACCAACUGCUGAACAGGAUGGCUGCUGAGGAGCGGCACAUGACGUCCAGCUGUGGAUCCUACAUCAAGACAGAGCCCUCCAGUCCGUCCUCUCUGGUGGACACGGCCAGCCACCCCAGUCCCGGCGCGCAUUCGGACGCCAGCGGCGGCUACGGCAGCGCCAUCAACAGCCACUCCAACGGCCUGGACUCUCCACCCAUGUUCACGGUGGGCGGGCCGCUGAGCGCGGCGGGGAGCGCCUGCCGCAAACGCUACGAGGACUGUUCCAGCACGUUACUGGAGGACCCCGGCUCCAUCAAGUGCGAGUACAUGCUCAACUCCAUCCCAAAACGCCUGUGCCUGGUGUGUGGAGACAUCGCGUCGGGGUAUCACUAUGGCGUGGCCUCCUGUGAAGCCUGCAAGGCCUUCUUCAAGAGAACAAUACAAGGUAACAUUGAGUACAGCUGUCCGGCCACCAAUGAGUGUGAGAUCACGAAAAGAAGACGAAAGUCCUGUCAGGCGUGCCGCUUCAUGAAGUGCUUAAAAGUGGGCAUGCUGAAGGAAGGUGUACGGCUAGAUCGCGUACGAGGAGGCCGACAGAAAUACAAGAGGAGAAUGGAUGCAGGAAACACAGCCUACCUGGGGCUCACACUGCCACCGCCAGCCAAAAAACCCUUGACGAAGAUUGUGUCCCAUCUGCUGGUAGCAGAGCCGGAGAAGAUCUAUGCCAUGCCAGACCCAACCAUGCCUGAGAGCGACAUCAAAGCGCUUACCACACUGUGUGACCUGGCCGACCGUGAGCUGGUGGUCAUCAUCGGCUGGGCCAAACACAUCCCAGGUUUCUCCAGCCUGUCUCUGGGAGACCAGAUGAGUUUACUGCAGAGCGCAUGGAUGGAGAUCCUGAUCCUGAGCAUCGUCUUCCGCUCGCUGCCCUACGAGGACGAGCUGGUGUACGCAGAGGACUAUGUGAUGGACGAGGAGCACUCGCGGCUCACGGGCCUGCUGGACCUCUAUGUGUCCAUCCUACAGCUCGUGCGCAAGUACAAGAAACUCAAGGUGGAGAAGGAGGAGUUCGUCACGCUGAAGGCCAUCGCACUCGCCAACUCAGACUCCAUGCACAUAGAGGACGUGGAGUCGGUGCAGAAGCUCCAGGACGCCCUUCACGAAGCACUGCAGGACUACGAGAGCUGUCAGCACACAGAAGACCCUCGGCGGGCGGGGAAGCUGCUCAUGACGCUGCCGCUGCUCCGGCAGACGGCCACCAAGGCCAUACAGCACUUCUACAGCAUCAAGAUGCAGGGCAAGGUGCCCAUGCACAAACUCUUCCUGGAGAUGCUGGAGGCCAAGGUCUGAUUGGCUGCUCGUCGCGUGACAUCAUCGAGCCAGAGACUGCGGAGCACAGCCUGAGACGUUUUUAAAGACCUGAAAAAAAAAUAAUAACUGGGUUUAAAGCAUAAAUAUAAAUGGAAAAAUAAUUUUAAAAUCUAUAACAAAUAUUAUGUACUUGUACAGUAAUGCUUUUUGUUCUUAAUCUGUGCUUAUAUAUGAUGGAAGACACUGUAAGU